AUGAUGGUCUCAGUCCUUGUGAUAGGGCACGAAGCAGUGUUCUCGCCCGCAUGAAGUACUCACUCAUGUUCGAGAUGUUCUUAUGCACAGUGCGUAAUGCGACAAUCAUACGCAUGAAUCAGGAUAGAUCGUGCAUGUGUUCACCCAACACGGUCAAGUCGGAAAGAAAAACCGCUGUGCAGCCUCACCAUGCAUUACACGCAUCUCGCAACACAAGAACUAUCGAAACCGCUCCCUUUGCCUGGCCUACAUCUGCUUUGUCCUACACAGCUGCACUAGCGUCCAUCUGACCACGCACAAUGUGACGCAGCACAGUAGACACACAUUCCCUCGAGCCCCAUCUCUCGUACCCUCUCACUCUCUUCACCGGCCUAUCCGUGUGCAUCCGCUCAUAAGCAUGACUGAGUCUGCCUCUAUCCGUGCAAGAGGCCUCUCUUCCGCCGAACAAGUUGCUCUAGGCAUCGGCGUCGCCUUCGCCGUCAUCAUCCCCUGCUCAUUGCUAUACGCGUUAUGGAACAAGCGCUGUGUACGGCCUAGACGCUGCUACUACGAAUGGACACGGUCGAUACGACCCGUGAAGGAAGCCGCGCCUCGAAACGAAGGGGUAUUACUGAGUGACAUGGCGCAGACGCGCGAAAGCGCACGGCGGCCAUCGCAAUUCACAAUCUCGGCGCCACGGAGCGUGUAUUCGCCAGUCAGUUCGCGAGCGGGGGUGCGCAGUUUGGCGAUUGGGGCCACGAGGCAGGAUAGCAUCGCGAGUGACGCGCCGUCGAGGUCGGAAGAGGAGGCGCUGAAGGCGCGGCAGGCGGAGGAGGCGGUGGAUUUGUAUAGGGUUACGACUGUGGUGCGGGACGAGACGAGUCUGCUGGUUGGCGGAGAUGAUAUCACUCGUCUGGCGGAAUUUCACUUCCCGUUUCAUGGGAGGAGACCCGGCUCGCGACUACCUGAGGAUAUGCUGGUAUAUGUGAAAUGAGGGAAAAUGCUCUCUAUAUUACUGGAAAUGCCCCUUUCAAGAUGCUAUGCUAGCCAAACCCACAA